AUGGCGGAGAGGGUGAAAAGCGACGUGCACUUCAGUGCCUCCAAGCAAGAGCCUGGCUUGGUUGAGAAAGCUGAAGUAGUACAUGGUUCUCAAGAACAAGAACCAGAACUGACCCCCCAACAUCGAGAAUAUUUGCUCGAGCGUCAUGGAACCAUCGACCUUGAUCCGUUACCUAGUAUGGAUCCCGCCGAUCCGCACAAUUGGCCAUCAUGGAAGAAAAGUGCAAACCUCGUCCUCGUCGCCUUCCACGCGUGCAUGAGCACUUUCACCGCCGCAGCCAUCAUCCCUGCUUACGAGGACAUUGCGCUUGACCUAGGUAUCUCCAUCCAGCGCACGAGCUAUCUAACCUCUUUACAAAUCGCUGUGCUAGGUGGUGCCCCUCUCUUUUGGCGCCCGCUAUCGCAGCGGUUUGGGCGUCGACCUAUCUUCUUGCUCUCACUUCUGUGCACUAUAGCGUGCAAUAUUGGGUGUGCAAGAAGUCCCUCCUAUGCAUCCAUGGCGGCCUGUCGCGCACUGGGGGCAUUUUUCGUUUCUCCUGCUAUGGCUAUUGGUAGCGGAGUUGUCAUGGAGACAUUCUUUAAACGACAGCGCGCACGGUAUAUGGGUAUCUGGACAGUCAUGGUUACGCUAGGGGUGCCCAUGGGUCCCUUCAUUUUCGGCUUCGUUGCUCAGCGGGUGGGAUAUCGUUGGAUAUAUUGGGUGCUGGCUAUCAUAAACUUCUGUCAGCUCGUGUUAUAUCUCUUCUUGGGCCCGGAGACUCGCUAUCUGGGUCCACACUCGGGUUCCUCCUCCUUCCGCUCUGAGUAUCUGUCCAUCCAUCGCAUUGAUUCUACCCCGUUCUCGCUGGGGGAGAUUGUCCACCCUCUGCGGCUGGUGGGCUCGCUACCUGUGCUGAUUUCGACUGCAGCUUACUCAAUGGUGUUCCUCUUUGCAAGUGUGUUGGGCUCAGUGGAGGUGCCGCAGCUAUUACAAGUCAAAUUUGGCCUGAAUGCACAGCAGCUGGGCCUGCAAUUUCUCGGGCUAGUCAUUGGAUCCAUCCUUGGAGAGCAGGUUGGCGGUCAUCUAUCCGAUAUGUGGAUGAUAAUGCGUACCAAACAAUUAGGUGCACGGCCAGCACCCGAGUUCCGUCUUUGGCUGAGUUAUAUCGGGUAUGUACUGACUAUUGUUGGCAUGGUGAUAUUUCUCGUGUGCACCCAGACCGCUCCCGAGGGCCACUGGACCGUGUCACCGGUUGUAGGCUUGGGAAUUGCCGCGUUUGGAAAUCAGGUUGUGACGACCGUUUUGACUACGUAUGCAGUUGAUGUGCACCCGGGGGACGCGGCGAGUAUUGGGGUAUUUGUGAAUUUCAUCCGUUCUGAGUGGGGAUUUAUAGGGCCGUUUUGGUUCCCUCGCAUGUUCGAUGAGGUGGGCGUGGCGGCCAGUUCGGGGGUCAUUGCGGCUUUGAUUGUGGGAGUCUGUCUGGUUCCUACUGUCAUGCUGCACGCGACUAGGGGGAGAUCCACACAUGUUGUGAAAUAA